AUGUCAAUCAUCGAUCAGAUCCCAUUGCCUUGGGCAUUGGCCCUUGGAUGUCUUGCUGUUGUAGCCUAUUAUGUCCGCUCAUACCUAGCGACGAACGGUCACCUUCGAGGUAUUCCUACGCCUUUCCCAGCCCAAUUCACCAAUCUGUGGCUCCUCUACGCAUGUAGGCGGGGAAGGCGUUAUCUCGCCGUGGAUAAGGUCCAUAAGAAAUUGGGUCCGAUCGUUCGUAUCCAGCCAAACCAUGUGAGCGUUGCCGACGACGAGGCUAUCCAGGUCAUCUACGGCCACGGAAACGGGUUCCUCAAGUCAGAGUUCUACGAUGCCUUCGUGUCUAUCCGGCGCGGUCUAUUCAAUACUCGAGACCGCGCCGAGCAUACUCGCAAGAGGAAGCUAGUCUCAAGCACAUUCGCUCCGAAGGCCAUAUCUCAGUUUGAGCCGUACAUUUAUGAGAAUCUCGAGAUGUUUGUGAAGAGAUGGGAUGAGCUUAUCGAAAGCUCACCAAAGGGAGAUAAAACAGCCUAUGUAGAUUGUCUAAAAUGGUUCAACUACGUUGCCUUCGACACCAUUGGGGAUCUGGCAUUUGGCGCCCCGUUCGGUAUGCUAAAAGCAGGAGCAGAUAUUGCCGAAGUUCGCACAGCUGUUGACUCGCCGCCCAUCUAUGCGCCAGCGGUUGAAAUACUUAACCGCCGCGGCGAGGUGUCUGCUACGCUCGGCUGUUUCCCUCAGCUCAAGCCCUACGCCAAAUGGCUCCCCGAUUCGUUCUUUAGCAAGGGUCUCGCAGCUGUAGAGAAUUUGGCCGGCAUAGCUAUUGCGCGUGUAAAAGAUCGUCUCGAGAACCCACCAGACAUCAACCGCAGAGAUCUUCUUGCCCUACUGCAAGAAGGACGCGACGAGAAAGGCGAGCCAUUAGGCUUCGAGGAACUAACAGCAGAAGCCUUAACGCAGCUAAUUGCUGGGUCAGACACGACCUCUAAUUCGUCUUGUGCUCUUCUUUAUCACGUCGCACGGACUCCUGGUGUCUUACAAAAGUUGCAGGCGGAGCUCGAUGCAGCAAUCCCAAGUGAUGACGUCACCGUGCCCUCAUACGACGCGAUCAGAAAUUUACCAUACCUCCAGAUGGUCAUCAACGAAACGUUGCGUAUUCACUGCACAUCUGGUAUCGGCCUACCACGAGAGAUCCCGCCCGAUUCUGAGGGAGUACACAUCCGUGGAUACUACUUCCCCCCCGGCACGGUGCUUAGCGUGCCAACAUAUACCAUGCACCACUCGCGGGAGAUAUGGGGCGAUGAUGCAGAUGAGUUUCGCCCUGAGAGAUGGGAAGACACGACGACGCGCCAGAAGAACGCAUUUAUACCGUUCAGCACGGGUCCCAGAGCCUGUGUUGGCCGAAACGUGGCCGAGAUGGAAAUGAAGAUGAUCGUGGCGACCUGGGCGCGGCGAUACAACGUAUUUCUUUGUCAGGGAGAGAUGGAGACUCGAGAGGGAUUCUUAAGGAAGCCGCUAGCAUUAGAUAUUGGACUGAAGCGAAGAGUUUAG